AUGAAGCGGAAGCCGGAAGCCCUAAUUUCACCUCUCAGUGCUCUCACGCCGCUCUCCUCUCACGCCUCUCCUUCUCACGCGAUCUCCUCUCACGGAAAUCGUGAAACGCUCUCCUCUCGGCUCUCACGCGAUCUCCCCGCUCGGAAGCACGAGACCGCAGCCGGUGUUUCUCCUUCGGCUGCUCCUUCGCUCAAGAUCGUGAAAAGCUCGUCACUCUCCUCUCACGCCGCUCUCCUCUCACGGAAACACGAGACCGCAGCCGAUCUACCUCCUCCGGUUGCUCCUUCUCUCGAAAAGCUUCUCUCGAUAUUUGCCGAGCUGGGCACUUCAAUUGCAAGCUUGAUGAGGUUUUGGAAAGAAAUUAUAAAAGAGGCUUCUCUUUACCCGUAAGGCCGUAACAUAAUUGUAUAUGUAUUACGCAUUUACAUUUGCCUGAAGUUAAAGUUGAUUUGUUCAUUUUCUUACAGAUAGAGCUUUUGGGCAAGCAUGGAUUCAUGGUUGAGCUUCAUGAAUUAAUCCUGAGGAUGUCAUUUGAGCCUUCCAUCCCAAUGUGGAGUAGAAUUUAUUAUAGCUGUAGUAAUUACUAAUUAGUAAACAUGUGUAUAGGAGAUUGAGGGAAGUGAAUGCAAGUUUAAUUUACAAUUUAAAAUUUGAUUUC